AUGGGUCGCGUUCGUACCAAGACUGUGAAGAAGUCCGCCAAGGUCAUCAUUGAGCGGUACUACCCCAAGUUGACUCUCGAUUUCGAGACCAACAAGAGAAUCUGCGAUGAGAUUGCCAUUAUUGCUUCCAAGCGUCUCCGCAACAAGAUUGCCGGUUACACCACCCAUUUGAUGAAGCGUAUUCAACGUGGUCCUGUCCGUGGUAUCUCCUUCAAGCUGCAAGAAGAGGAGCGUGAGAGAAAGGAUCAAUACGUCCCAGAGAUCUCCGCUCUCGAUUUCUCCCAGAACGAGAACGGUGGACAACUCGAGGUCGACUCCGAGACUAAGGAUUUGCUCAAGAGCCUUGGUGUACGUUUGCCCCUCCAUUCACAACUCCGACCCCGAUCAGAAAUAAUUCUAACAUUUUGGUUACAGUUCGAUUCCAUCCCAGUCAGCGUCGUCGCUGUUUCCCAACAACAAGCCAUCGAGCCCCGCCGCCGUUUCGGCAACGACCGUCCUGCACGCGCAUAA